CCCUCUAGGCGGCCGCAGGGCCACAGCAGCUCCGCCGCCCGUGCCCCUCGGAAACCAUGACCCCCGGCGCGGGCCCAUGGAGCCAUGGCCUAUAGGGUCCUGGGCCGCGCGGGGCCACCUCAGCCGCGGAGGGCGCGCAGGCUGCUCUUCGCCUUCACGCUCUCGCUCUCCUGCACUUACCUGUGUUACAGCUUCCUGUGCUGCUGCGGGCCCGCGGCGUCGGCGCCCGCCCCUCGCCUCCCGGGUGCCAACCACUCCGGCUCACCGAAGCUGGGGACCAAGCGGCUGCCCCAAGCCCUCAUUGUGGGCGUGAAGAAGGGGGGCACCCGGGCGGUGCUGGAGUUUAUCCGCGUGCACCCGGACGUGCGGGCCUUGGGUACCGAGCCCCACUUCUUCGACAGGAACUACGGCCGCGGGCUGGACUGGUACAGGAGCCUGAUGCCCAGGACCUUGGAGACCCAGAUCACGCUGGAGAAGACACCCAGCUACUUCGUCACUCAAGAGGCACCUCGACGGAUCUUCAACAUGUCUCGAGACACCAAGCUGAUCGUGGUCGUGCGGAACCCGGUGACCCGCGCCAUCUCGGAUUAUACACAGACACUCUCAAAGAAGCCCGACAUCCCCACCUUCGAGGGCCUCUCCUUCCGCAACCGCACCCUGGGCCUGGUGGACGUGUCGUGGAACGCCAUCCGCAUCGGCAUGUACGCGCUACACCUGGAGAGCUGGCUGCAGUACUUCCCGCUGGCUCAGAUCCACUUUGUCAGCGGUGAGCGGCUCAUCACCGACCCAGCUGGCGAGAUGGGGCGGGUCCAGGACUUCCUGGGCAUUAAGAGAUUUAUCACAGACAAGCACUUCUACUUCAAUAAGACCAAAGGAUUCCCUUGCUUGAAAAAAACGGAAUCAAGCCUCCUGCCUCGAUGUCUGGGCAAAUCAAAAGGGAGAACUCAUGUACAGAUUGAUCCUGAAGUGAUAGACCAGCUCCGGGAAUUUUAUAGACCCUAUAAUAUUAAAUUUUAUGAAACGGUGGGGCAGGACUUCAGGUGGGAGUAACCCAUCCAGAUGCAAGGGCUCGUCUGCUCACCUCUUCCACAAGGUUUGCUCCCAGAGCCUCUGAUCCCUCGCCCAAACACACCUAGGCUCCAGCCCCCUUUUCCACCAUGGUGUCAUCAUCUUGGAACCAGGAAGCCCAGCUAAGGCCAAGGGAGUAGAGGGUCCCUGUCACUAGCUAUCUCCAGUCUGUCCAGACAAAGAUCCCAAAUCAUUCUCCCUUCUUCCCCUAAGAGGCCACGAGGAAUGGCUUUAAGAAGAGUGAAUUUUCCCAUGAUGAUAGUAUUAGAAGUGGCGAUGGUUCCGUUGCUAUAAACACAGCAGUCUGUCCCUGUCACUGUCCCCCCGGAGUGGGCUUGUUCAUUCCAAGUGGCAUGUACCUUCCCUCUGAGCUUAAUUUCCCUGAGCCGCCCUGGAUGGUGGGAUGGGAGACCAUCCUCUGUCCUCUUCAGACCUUAGCAGCUCACUGAGAGAUUGCCAAGUGAGAAGCACCCCCUUGGCCAUUCCUCGAAGACCCUUUGAUGGUGAAAUAAACCAGUGAUUUCAGAGCUGUGGUCUCAAUUGUGCUUGAAGGAUACUGUCUUUGAAACCCACUUUGUGAACUCUCCCUGCUCCCUGUGGACAAAAGCACAUAAUUCUGCUGUUACGGGUACUUUGCUCAUGUGAGCUUUCAUGUCAGCAUGCGACGGAAUCAUGCUUGUCCAUGUGAAAUAAAUAUGGCUCUCUUGUGUCCUUAAUGCCGAGCUUUUCUCUGUAAGCCAAAUCUGCAGCAUGGUUCAUUCAUUCAACAAUUCCCGGUGCAAGAUGGCAGCUGGUGCUGGUGAUGGUCUGGGAGGGU